CACGAACCUGUGAAGAAAUGUUUCAUGACGCAUAUGCCUGGAGAAUCCCAGUGAACCAAGCCAAACCAUCGUCGCUAACAACGAUCCGGUCUACCAACCAACCAUGUGCGGGCGAUAUGCCUUGGGAAUCCGUGCAGCGUUCGUUCGAUAUCACUUACAACAGCAAGGUCUUCCCGUAGAUGAUGCCCCUGCGGACGACGAAGCCCGUGAGACUUACAAUUUCCCACCCGGCUCUUAUGGCUUAGUUUAUCGUGCAGAAGUACCUGACCAUGGCGUUGGGGACGCCGAGGUCGAAGCCAACACCGACAAUACAACCGCCGCCACCACCACCACACCUGGUGGAGCAGACCAUAAUCAGGACCAUGCCCAGGACCAGGACCAACCUCCAUCAAGCCAAUCGUCAUCUCCUUACAAGUAUGAACUCAAGGUGAUGAAAUGGGGCUUGAUCCCAUUCUGGACCAAACGGUCUCCCGAAUAUGGCUCCAUCUUACGGACCAUCAACUGCAGGGACGAUUCACUCGUGGAGAGUCGAGGCAUGUGGAACACGAUGAAACAAAGGAAGAGGUGCCUGGUCAUCGCACAGGGCUUCUAUGAGUGGCUGAAGAAAGGUCCCGGGGGUAAAGAAAAAGUCCCUCACUUUGUGAAGCGCAAGGACGGCAACCUGAUGUGUUUCGCCGGUCUCUGGGACUGUGUCAAGUACGAAGACUCGGAGGACAAACUCUACACGUACACCAUCAUCACCACCGACUCCAACAAACAACUCAACUUCCUCCACGACCGGAUGCCCGUCAUACUGGACCCCGGGACUGACGCCAUGAAAAUCUGGUUGGACCCUACCAAGAACAAGUGGUCCCAGGAAUUGCAGGCCAUCCUUAAACCCUACGACGGUGAGUUGUUAUGUUACCCCGUCGAUAGUGCGGUGGGAAAGGUCGGCAACAAUUCCCCCAAUUUCAUCGUCCCUGUGGAUAGCAAGGAUAACAAGAAGAACAUUGCCAACUUCUUUGGCAACGCAAACAAACAAAAAACGAAAAACCCCAAGCUGGAGGAGGAACCCGACGAGUCACGCCUCGUCACGGUAGAUCAUGAUGGGAGCGAGACAAAAGCGCCGUUGCCUAUUCCUUCGGAUUCUCUCCAACCCAGUCCUGGCGAGAAGCGGCAUCGUUCCGAGGAAGACGAUGGUGAAUCUCCUACUAAGAAGCAUGCAAAAGUGGCACCCCUACCUAUCAAAUCUACAUCACCAGUGAAAUCCGUGGCCAAAAAGCCAAGAAGUGCCACUAGCAACAAAGAAAUGACCCUCAAAAGCAGUCCGGCGAAGAAGACCGAGACAGGGACACAGCGAAUAACCAAUUUCUUCAGCAAGUAAUGUUUGACUCUGCGCCAGAAUGGCUUCGGCCGAUUCUUGGACCUAUGUGCUCACUAUACAAAGUCCAAUUGAGGGAGUUCUUCGCCAAUUUCAACAUCGAUCCACCUUCCUCCGCAUUCCUUCCGGAUUGCGCGCAAGUACUUGGACACUGAUUGUGCCAUAUUGCGUAUCUCACCAUGCCGUUGCCUCUCUUUAUUGUAUCGAUAUGUUCUGCGCUCAUGCUCAAUGUCCCAAGGUGGCUGGUCCGGUAUCAACUGACUAUCCUGGACCGCCGGGACCAGAGGUUUCCAGCCAACAUCCAGGAUGAGCUUUUCAAGCCCCCUCCAACCAGAGUUCCACUCAGGCCCAUACCUUUGAGGAGAAGACGAUUCGGAGGAUUCGGGCCGCCACUUCAAAGCAGCAUACCAAUCACCACAGCCCGUGAGGUCAAGCCAUUCCAGGCAGUAUAAAGACCUACUCAGGGUACGAAGGAUUCCUGCAGCCUCUCUCCAGUUGUCGUCGUAGGCUGUGUACAUGUCAGAGCCACCAUAAACCACCGAGGGAGAGCCAGGGACGUGUAAAACAGCUCUGGUCGAUGCGGCAUUGGGUGUGAGCGUUGGCUGGGGCCAGUAAGCCAGCGAUAGCGAUGUCAGUGUGCGAAGUUCCGCGGCCAGCGAAAGCAUUGAAGACCAUGAUGCUACCUUUAUGUUUGCCGGUGAGACAGCAAGUGAUAGGUGCUUCAGAUUGACAAAAUUUACUGUGGCUUUUGGGCCUGUAAGAGGCAGCGAAUUUGAUGCAUCGCCGAUGUCAGACUCUGCGUCCCAACUAUCCAAUGCCUCGGACGACCAGGCAGAUUGUGUAGAAGCGGCGUCGGACUUUGUUGCCGGUACCUGCUUCGUUACCAAGUCACGCUCGAGUUGCUUGAAUGUAGUCCACAAACCAAGACCAUUACUCAAAUCGAGUCGGUGCACCUCGAUGCGAUCUUCCGGGUCAUU